UGUGCGGUCUGAGGCCUUCAGUAUACUGACGUUCCACAGGCUGCUCCCAUUUGAAAGCAAAAAAACAAUGGGUGUGCUUGUAGAUUUUCUGCUGCUCACAGCUAAUGUUGUGGGCUACAUAAUCCAGUCCCUUGUGCGGUGGAUAAAGAGGCCCACAGAGAAAAGGGUCACCAAUGAAAUAUGUUUGAUAACAGGUACAGCCAGCGCAAAAGGACUCGGUCGACUUUUUGCUUUAGAAUUUGCUCAGAGAGGCGCGACGCUUGUCCUGUGGGAUAUAGAUGCAGAUGGGAAUGAAAAGACGGCUGUGCAGGUGAGGGAGCUGGGAGCCAGGGCUUAUGCUUAUACCUGUGAUGUGAGCCAGCGAGAGGAUGUCUACAACACAGCACAGAGAGUACGGCAGGAAGUAGGAGAUGUCACCUUCCUGAUCAAUAAUGCUGGGGUUGUUGCCGGGAAACCCAUCCUGCAGUGCUCAGAUGAACUCCUGGAAAGGACCAUGAAGACUAACUGCCAUGCUCAUUUCUGGACUGUCAAGGCUUUCAUGCCAAAAAUGAUGGAGAUGGACCACGGCCACAUUGUGACUGUAGCAGGAUGCUUGGGCCUCUUUGCAACAGCUUACGUGGAGGAUUACUGUGCCAGCAAAUUUGCAGUAGUUGGAUUCCACGAAGCUCUUAGCCACCAGCUGAAAGCCAAGCGAGCCAAUGGAGUGAAGACUACACUGGUGUGCCCCUCUCUUGUCAACACUGGCAUGUUCACUGGAUAUAGAAUCAGGCAAGAGCUGGAUGCUCUUCUUCCUUCAUUACAACCAGGUAACUGUGUGAAGACAGCGAUGAAAGGAAUACUGAGUAACCAGCCCAUAAUAUGUAUCCCCCGAGCGAUGUACUUUGCAGUCGUUUCCAAACACCUCCUUCCAUGGGAUGUUCAAGUUCUUGUUUACAAGUUUUUGGGUAUUGAUAAGUGCAUGUAUCCAUUCGUUAGACAAAGGAGAAGAGAAACAUCAUCUGAUAGCAACAGGAAGAUGAAGAGUGGUACUUGCACAAAUGUAACAGCUUCAGGAACACUUUCUUAAUCUAAACUUAGCUGGGAAAACCUGCUGAAUAAAAUCACUUCCAUGUAGAAGCGCUUAGAGGUAGCAUCUUCUAUUGAUCCAUACUUGCUCUUUUGGUCAACAUCUGAAGGCUCUCAGAAGAAAUCUGAUGACACCAAGCAUUUAUAUAAUAGCUACUACUCACUGAAAAGGACCAGAUGAAUGGUAUAAAUACAUAUGUAAGAAUCUGAUUUUUGGCUCCUUUGCUACACUUAGGCACAUUUGAUAACCCCAUCUUUUAGUCUUAUUCAUAAGAGCAGGAAAAUAUUGCCAUAAAUUAGCAAAUAUAGCCCGUGGGUUAUCCAUGUUUUUACCUACCACGCACCCACACCCGUGGGGUAUAUAUGUCCACGUCUUAUGCAAUUUGAUUUUUACUCAUAUUACAAGAUGACAAGAUCAACAUAAUAAAAUCAGCAUCUUCGAUUUAAUAAUAAUUUAAUA